CCGCCCGCGCUGCCCUGGCUCCUCGCCGCCUGCUGCCUCUGCGCCCUGCCGCGGGGCUCAGGGUUCCCCCAGCCGCGCUCCCGCCACUUGGACGGCGCGGACCUCCCCAAAAGUCAGCAACUGGCGCUGUGUUUCAGUCAGUGGAUGGAACUGUCUAAUCAACCGCAGAUCUCCAGUACUGUUUUGGAUCUUUGUUAUUCCAUAUUUAACAGCAUGCAUACAAAUGAGGAAUCACAAAUUGUUGCAGCAGAGUUUACAAAGAAGGACAGUCAUGGGAUUCUGGGACGGCCCUUUUUCCUUUUCAGGCCUCGAAAUGGAAGAACUAUCGAAGGCAGUGGUGAGUAG